AUGCAGAUGGUGCUGGAGGAACGGGACCUAUGGGAGGUCGUCAGCGGUGGGAUCAAGGCGGAACAGUGCGAGACUCAGUUGGACCAAGCGACGUACAAGAGGAAGUCAAGAAAGGCGAUGGCAGUGAUCUGUCUAGCCAUGGAAGAUUCCCAGCUACCGUUGGUCCGGUCGGCAAGUGGUGCAUGCGACGCAUGGUCAAGGUUGGAAGACCACUUCGAGAAGAAGAGUCUUGCCAACAAGCUGUUCUUGCUGUUGAAAAGACAGCGGCUGUAA